AUGACAGCUUCAGCUCCGACGCCUGCGCGCGUCCAGAAUCUUUCGAAACUACUCGAAGAUCUCACAUCUUGCCUCUCCAGCACCGUUUCAUCUCUGCCCAAGUCCAGCAAGGAUGCGCCGUCCGAUGUCUCGAUCGAACCACCACCAGACGGUAUCUCACUACUUGAUGCGAAGAGCGAAAUUCUCCUCUCCUAUCUUCACAAUUUGGUAUUCUUGAUCAUCUUUCAGCUACGCCAAGCUUCCAAAGAUGACGCACCGGCGGAUUCGACCGAUUCGCUGCGGGACGACAUCGUGAAGAGACUGGUCGAGCUCCGCGUUUUCCUCGAUCGUGGCGUGCGUCCACUCGAGGGACGAUUGAAGUAUCAGGUAGACAAAGUGGUCAAGGCCGCAGAGGAUGCGGAGCGGUCCGAGCGCGGGACUCAGAAGAGCAAGGGCAAGAAAGCACGCAAAUCCGCAGGGUCGGACAGUGACGAAGCCUCCGGGUCUGGCGAGGAAGAUGCCAGUGGCAGCGACGACAGCGAAGACGAGGAUAAUGAAGACGACAUUGACGAGAUGGCACAUCGGCCCAAUAUCGCUGCAUUCUCCAAGGUACAGGUGGCAGAGCAGCAGAAAGCCCUGCCCGCCAAGGGUGCCAAACAACCCAGCGAUGGCAUCUACCGCCCACCGAAGAUCAUGCCCACAGCUCUCCCUACGACUGAGCGCCGAGAACAACGCGAGGAACGUCGGUCGCGUCGGUCCAACGUCAUUGAUGAGUUUGUCACCGCCGAGAUGUCUUCCGCGCCUAUGGCGGAGCCCAGCAUCGGCAGCACGAUUAUUGCUGGUGGCCGACAGACCAAAUCCAAGAAGGACCGUGAGCACGAAGCUGAGCGAGCCGCAUAUGAAGAAACCAACUUUGUGCGCUUACCCAAGGAGACCAAGAAACAGCUGGCCAAACGCCAGGGUGGGAGACGCGAUGCGACCUUUGGUGGCGACGAGUGGAAGGGCCUCACCGAGGGUGCCGAUCGCAUCGAACGCCUCACGCGGCGAGCCAAAGGCAGCGGGGCCGCGUUGGACAAGAGUCGCAAGCGGAAGGGCGUCGAAGACGGACCACGAAACGACGGGGCGAGUAUGGGCCAGAUGUUCGACAAGCGGCGCAAAAAGAUCGAGGGGUGGAAGCGAUAG